GCUCUUUUGGAAGAGAAGCAGAAAAUGACCAAGUCUCACGGUCCAUUGUCAUUUGAGGAUGUGGCCAUAGCUUUCACCAAGGAGGAGUGGCAGCAACUGGACCCUGCUCAGAGGACCCUGUACAGAGAUGUGAUGCUGGAGAACUUCAGCCACCUGGUCUCAUUGGGGCAUCCAGUGUCCAAACCAGAUGUCAUCUCCAAGUUGGAACAAGGAGAAGAACCAUGGAUCAUAAAGAGAGACAUAUCAAAUUGGAUCUGUCCCGGUAAAAAUCUGGCAGGUGGGAGCCAAGGGAAGGAGACUAGACUUGAAAAUCCUCAAUUGGACAUACUUGAAGGUGUUUCCUUCCAUAAGGAGAUAUUGGAAGGUGUAACAAGAGAUCAUUCAUUGUACUCCAUUUUUAAGGUAUGGCAGGAUGAUGACCAGCUGGAGAGAGAUCAGGAAAAUGAAGACAGACUUCUCAGGCAAGUCAUGGCCAUCAAAAACAAAACAGUUGUUGAAGAAUCAGGCUAUUCAUAUAAGGCAUUAGGAAAAAUGUUUCAUGACUACACAGACCUAGAUGCUUCAGGACAAGGACGGUAUACACGUGACUCAUUUGAAAAGAGCUUGGAACCGAAUAUAAACUUAUUCAGUUGUUACAGGGGUUAUGCAAGAAGAAACACUGGUGAGCAUUUUAGAUGUGGGAGUACACUUAUUUCUUCCUAUUCUAAGCAUGAAAAAAUUCAUAAUGGAGUGAAACACUGUGAAGAUAGUCAGUGUGGAAAGAUUAUCAGCAAUAAACAAUCUCCUAUUCAAUAUGUGAAUGUUGAAAGUGGAGAGAAGACCUGUUUGUGCAUUGAAUGUGGAAAAUCUUUUCUAAAAAAGUCACAACUCAUAAUACAUCAAAGAAUUCAUACUGGAGAGAAACCAUAUGAUUGUGGUACAUGUGGGAAAGCCUUCAGUGAGAAGUCACAUCUCAUUGUACAUCAGAGAACUCAUACUGGGGAAAAACCUUAUGAAUGUUCUGAAUGUGGAAAAGCUUUCUCUCAGAAAUCAUCCCUCAUUAUACAUCAGAGAGUACAUUCUGGGGAAAAACCGUAUGAAUGUAAUGACUGUGGGAAAGCCUUCUCCCAGAAAUCACCCCUCAUUAUACAUCAGAGAAUUCACACUGGAGAGAAACCUUAUGAAUGUAAUCAGUGUGGGAAGGCCUUCUCCCAGAAGUCACAGCUGAUUAUACAUCAUAGAGCUCAUACUGGAGAGAAGCCAUAUGAAUGUACUGUAUGUGGGAAAGCCUUCUGUGAGAAGUCCCACCUCAUUAUCCAUAAAAGAAUUCACACUGGGGAGAAACCGUACAAAUGUGCUCAAUGCGAAGAAGCCUUCAGCAGGAAGUCAGAACUCAUUAUACAUCAGAUAAUUCAUACUGGGGAGAAACCUUAUGAAUGUACUGGAUGUGGGAAGACCUUCUCCCGGAAGUCACAGCUCAUCAUACAUCAGAGAACGCAUACUGGAGAGAAACCCUAUAAAUGCAGUGAAUGUGGAAAAGCCUUCUGUCAGCAGUCACAUCUCAUUGGACAUCAGAGAAUUCACACAGGAGAAAAACCUUAUGUAUGCAGUGAAUGUGGGAAAGCCUUCUCUCAGAAGUCCCACCUCCCAGGGCAUCAGCGCAUUCAUACAGGAGAGAAACCUUACAUAUGUGCUGAAUGUGGAAAGGCCUUUUCCCAGAAGUCAGACCUUGUUGUACAUCGGAGAAUUCAUACUGGGGAGAAACCCUACCAAUGUACUGUAUGUGGGAAAGCAUUCAUUCAAAAGUCACAACUCACUGUACACCAGAGAAUUCAUGCAGUGGUAAAAUCAUAA